AUGCUAAUCGUACACUCUCGCGCUGCAAAAAUUCGCCUUGAUGCAAACGAGGUUCGCGCUGAGCAUGGACAGAAGGUCAAAGUUCUUUGCCGCGGCUCUGACCCUCUAAUGUGGAUGGAUCCUACAGGUCGCCGGAUUCCUCAGAUCAAACCGGAUCAAGGCAUCAACCGUCUUGUGUAUGCCGUCGAGGUCCCGCCAGCAGCUGAUGGCACUGGUCAGCUGGAGCUGAGCAUCUCUGCUCGUCUCUCGGUGGCUGGCGAAUACACAUGUCGAUCGGGCCGAAUGCAGGCGAUCAGAAUCUUCCGAUUAAAAAUGAUUUCAAGUCUUAACGUGUCUGAAUUGCCGAACUCUUCACUCGAAUCCGGCCGUGUGCUUGGACUGGAGUGUCACGGCCAGCCUGAGCAUCCUCAGCAGACUCUUGCCUGGUUCUUGCGCUGGCCCGUCUCCCUCGACUUGCUGCCGAUCCACGAUCUGCCUCCAGGCCUGGCCGUAGUCACUCGAGUCAAACCAGAUGACGGCCUGGAAGAGUCGGUAGUCGAGACUGGUGACAGCAGUUCAGCAGCUCUGGAAGAACAUGGUCUGCCAGAACGGCGUAGUCGUCUGCGUCUGUUGAAUUCACCCGGUAUGCCGAGUGAGGUGAUCUGCCGAUUCGUGAGACGGCAUCGGAACGGCAGCCUUAUGCUUGCCGACAUGUCUGCAGGUGGCAGGAAACGUCAAGCGGAUGGAGAGAGUGAAGUGAUGGCCAGCUAUGUCUACAAGAUAGAGCCAGGUAUAGACUUGUAG